CAGUUGACUUCUCAUACAUGCGAACUAAUAGGGCCGCGGUGAAAACCAAUUUUACCAUGUCCCUUUGAAGUUAACGCCUUAUUUGGUAAUGUCGUUUUCAUUCCCUGGCAACAGCCACUCCCGAUGACGUAAAGAAAAUCUGGGUCUAUAAGUUUUGAUCAUUUUGACGAGUCAUUCUUAGUACACGAGUAUUCGCUUCCUUGUAGAUCAGAACGCCAUGGCUCGUUAUGAAAACGAAAUGCCAAAACGUUCUAUUUUUCAGCGUCGAAUCAUUUCAAAACGAAACUCCACCCCUAUUCUUCCCACUUUUUUGACAGAACAUGAACAGAAAACAAGAAAUGUGGGAAUGAAAUCCCCACCGCCGGAUUUCUCACCUGGUUUGGCUGACAGACCAUCAUCGUCGACCUACAUGUCAUGGUGGAUGCCAUUACCACCUUUAACCCCGACAACGCCGCACCAAACAACCAGUAUGGCCCUGGACAAUAAAAAUGAAGAAUUAGCUUUUCAAUUCCCAAUAAAGGGACCUCACCCGUAUGACGGAAGUGAGGAGUACACGAAGGUAAUGGUGGAUGGUAAAGGCAAUGUGCCUCGCUCGAAAGUCAGCGAAAACGAUAAAGAAAAAAGAAAAUACCAUCGAGUAGGCUGUACUAAUAGUUCUCCAGCUACUUUCAAUUUUCUGCCUCCGAUCCCUAAAGGUCCCGUUUGCUUGGUAGCUACCCGAGGAUUAUCCGAGGGUCAAACCACGAAAAAGAUCUGCGAUUCUCCCUCACCACACUCUCGUCGGGAGAGUGAACUACUCGAGGGGUUCGUCGGGGGUUUAGGAGAGCCUUCUGAAGAAGAAAAUGACUACGAAUCGAUAUUAAGCCCAACGGUUGCAGAAAUAAACUUCUUUUUGGACAAAAUAGCAAGUAGGUGUUCCUAUAAAGACGAAAAUGAUGACGGAAAUAAAGGCAAAAGUGAUGUUAAGGAAACGAAAAGUAUUGGUGUAUCUAACAGUCUAACAGUCCCGGACAAGGAGACUCUACCACAAGUCCAAGGGACCAAACAAAAUCAAAUCUAAGGAAUCAAGAAAGAUGCCAGAUUCCACGGCUAAUCAGGAAUUCAAGAAAUGCAGUAUAUUGCCACCAAUAGAAUAAAUCGAAGCAAAACAAAUCUCAUAGUCAAAGUCAGUUUGGUAGCUGUUGAAGAUUAGGAAAAGAAAAGAGAACAGCUAUCGCGUAGUCUGGAAUGCUAGCAUUAGAGAUGUAUGAUUAUCAGAUGUAUAAAUAUCCAGCGGGGGACUGGAACCACGUUUCUACAAAUUAACUUAAUUAAAAAAUAUACCACAUUAGAGGAAAGAGGAAAUAUUACGAGUUAGUAAGAAUUGAAAAUUUGGUUAAGUUUGUUUAAAUAGUAACGAAAUUAUGAUAUUUUAAAAGAUUU